AUGUCGCCGAGGGCGGGGCAGGCCUGCGAGCGCUCCGCCCCCGGCAGGCCCGGGCACAAAAUGGCGGCGGUGCUCGCCGGCGGCUCCCAGCGAGUGAUGCGGGAGGCGGUGCGGCGCUCGGCGGCUCGUCUGCCCGCCCCGGGGUGCUGGGGCUGCGCGUCCGGAGGGAAGCGGUAUCUGCUAACAGAAGAUGAUCUAAAGUUACAAGAAUUUCAGCAGACAAAAGUGGUAAUUAGAAAUGAAGUUCAUGGCAAUAAAGAUCCAUAUUUUAACAGUAUUCAAGAAAAAUUAAAGAAAAAUGGAAAGAUUCUCAAAAAUGAAUUAAAAAUUUUACUGCACUUAUGUCAGACUUCAGCUGAUGUGGAACUAGCCAGAAAAGUUAUUUACAGGUACCAUGAACAGAAUGGAAUCACAACUUUACGUGAUUUUAAAUUUGGGCCCCUCUUUAUGAGGCUAUGUUAUGAGCUAGACCUUGAAGCACCUGCAGUAGAACUUAUCAAAGAUCAGAAUUUGCGUGGUUUUUUCUCAGAGAGUACAUCAUUCCAUAUUUUGAUGACUAUGUUGUUUAAAAAGGGCCAAUAUGAAAGUGCUUUGGAAGUUCUGGGAGAAAUGAAAAAACAAGGUAUACCUUUCAACAAAGAAACCUAUCUACUGGCAUUUGCAAUAUGCUACAAACUGGACAGCCUGGAGUCUGGCAAAAUCUCUGCAAAACUGCUUGAAGAAGCACAGCUAAAAGGUGACUCAUUACCACUGCGUGCAUUCUACUUUGCCGUGGCGUCUGCUCUGAAACAGAAUGAUAUAGCACAAGCCCAAUUUUAUUGUUCUCAGAUAAGGAAAACAGACAACAAAAUAUACAAUAAUCUUAAAGUUCUUGUCCAGCUCAGAUCUGGUUCACUAGAAGAAGUAUUAAAAACAUUAGAAGCAGCAGUGGAAAUGGAUACUCCUCCCUUUGUGAAAAAAAUCGAGUUUUCUGAGCAAGUGCUGGCUGCAGCCUCCGAAAGGAUGGAAGAAAGCCCUGACCUUUCUGCCAAAUUAAGAGAUAUAUAUAGCAAACUACAAACUUCAGGACGGAUAACCACAAACACGUUGGAAGACAUGCUCUUCCAGAUUCCUAGUUCAAAGAAGACCCCUGCAAAACUUUUAAAUCAAAAACAUUUGGGUUAUCAGGCUGCUAAACCACUUCAGUCAAAUCUGAUCUUGGAAUAGUUCAAUAUAUGGUGGUAAACUGAAAUAUUGUUAGCGUCAUCUAGAAGCACGUUUGAAUAAAAUGGCUUCUCCCCUCCUCCGCCAUGGGCAAUUGUUUAAACUGAUUGUGUGAAACUGGAUUUUAAAUAUAGCUUGUGUAGAUUUUCAGCAUCAAAAUUCAAACAACCAAUAAGCCAUGACAGUAGGUAUUUGUGUUUUGUUCUGAAACUGAGUGAUCAGAAUGGUUUGAAGCCUUUCCUCAAGGACUUAGAUCAAGCUUUUCUUUAUACUAAAUGUCCUGAUAAAGGUAAACAAAAUAGUAUUUGUAUUUGAUCUGACUUCUGCUGUUCACGAUUAAAAAAAAAUGCAGUGUUCAUCAGAUACAGUGUUCUGCCAAAAAGAAUAGAUGCGGCCCAGAGCAUAGAUGAAGGAGUAUUAAAUUACAUAGACCAUUUUUUCAAAUUCUAUGCAUCUCAAGAGAAUCAUGAAGGAAAGUAAGCGUCUUUGGGGCCCUUUUUCUAAUGGUUCAUGGCAGAUAGUAUGGUAACUGGCUGGUUGUUUUAUCACUUGAAGGCGGUUCCUGAGUGAAAGUUACUGCUUUGGAAUAAUCAUUCUGUAAUAUCGUGUGACUCAUAGUUUCAGUUUUUCGGGAGUUUGCAGGUUUUUAACAGUCCUGCUUGGGAUCAGCUGGAAAUCAUUUCAAUGCUUCCAGUACAAUAUGGAAGUAGCUCCCAAUCUUUUCUUCAUAAAUAGGUUUGAUACAAGAUUUGUAAAGGUUGCAUGUAGUCUGGCAAAGAUUAAUUUCAGAAAGAUGAAAGGAUGGAGUUACUCUUAAAUAUAUUCAGGUGGUUGCUACCAUCAGGAAAAAAUAAUAUAAAACUACAUUUUCAUAUGCAAUAGAAGAUAGUUUGGCCUAUUUAACCUGUUACAUUGCAAACAUAUAAGGUCAAUACCAUUUAAUUACCUUAUUUGGCACUUUCAAAUAUGAUUUAAUUGCAAGAGGCUGGUUUCCCCUAGGACUGAGUUGUGCAUAUUUGUUGUUGGUUUUGUUUUUGUUGGUUUUAGUCUGCAUUGGUUAGAUACCCACCUGAGACUGUAUCCUGAAGCCACCCCUAUGGCCCCCUACCAAAACCUUGCCACUGCAAUCCUACCUGCAGUUGAACUAAUAACUUCUGUUAUAAUUUGUUGUCAUUAUAGCUUCUGUUCUUUGCUCUCUUGAUUGCUGGUUUUCUUGAGAUUGAUUUUUUUCAGGCUAACUGUUAAGUUGGUUUUUUUUGUUGUUGUUGUUGUUUUGUUUUGUUUUUUAAAGAAACUAUACAUUUCUUUCUCUUGAGGGAGAAGGGGAAUGCUGGAUCCAUCCCAGGCAUGUAACAGGUAACAUCACUUGAAAGACAUGCAAAUAAGGAACAUUGGUAGCAAAACAGACCAUUU